UUGAGAGCAGGCUAUUAAUUCAUGAGAGCUUCAGAUACCUGCCCGAGCUGAGCACAAAUGUAUUCGUUCGGAGACUAGAACACACAAGUCUUACUAGUAGAAAACGAAUCAAAUAGAGAAGGAUAUCUGAUGGAGGAGGGUUCCGCCGGCGAGGCAGCCGAGGAGAAUGGUAUCGGUAGCAGCUCGGUGGUGGAGACCGAGACACAGGAGAUCAAGACGCUCCAACACAACGUGCGAGCAAAGGAGAAGUUGUCGUCGAUGGACGACGACGAGGGGUCCGGCGGCGGCACCACUAGACCGCCAGAGGAGAUGAAGGGUAGCUGUGGCAGCUGGAUAGUGGAGAUGGAGAAGCUGCUCGAGGACACCAGGCCAUCAGUGGAGAUGGCGCGGUGGAAGCAGCACUCCAUCUACCGGGUGCCGGAGUUUAUGAAGAAGAUGACCAACAGAGAUGCCUACCAGCCGCAGUUCGUAUCGCUAGGCCCCUUGCACCACGGCGAGCCCCAUCUCAUGCCCAUGGAGGAGCACAAGAGGCGGGCGGUGCUGCACAGGGUUAAGCGGGCCAGGAAGCCUCUUACGAAGUUCGUCGAAGCAAUCGAGGAAGUGGCGGAUGAGCUCGAGGCCGCCUACGACGGCCUUGAUGAUAGAUGGCGGGGAGCAAGCAGAGGUAGCUUCGUGGAGAUGAUGGUCACGGAUGGAUGCUUCCUGUUGGAGCUGAUGAGCAUAAAGCUAAGUCGACUGACCAAGGACGACGGGGGAGGGGAAGUAGAUACUGGUUACGCGGCCAACGACCCCGUCUUCAGUGGGAGCAGCUUUCAUAAUUUGUGGCCAAUAAUGAGGAACGACAUGAUCGCGAUGGAAAACCAAAUACCUCUAAUCGUUCUUCAGAGGAUCGUAUUUCCUCGUGGGAGUGGCACACCCCCGAGCGCUAAAUGGAUCAACAAUAUGGUGCGACAACUUCUGUGUGGCUCAAGCUUUAAGGAAGGCAUGGACAACCUAGGCCUUCAUUUCCUGGACAUUCUUCACAAAGGCUAUUGUGGCACAAGACCAUGUUGGGAAAGGUCGAAUUCGAAGAAUUAUGAGGUUCGCACGCCCUGUGCAGUUGAGCUGAGUGAGGCAGGGAUCCAGUUCAAAAAAAGCAACACUAAAACUGAAAGCAUCCACGAUGUUGACUUCGUAAACGGGAAGCUGAGAAUGCCGCUGUUAAGGUUAGAUGAUCAAACGGAGGCGGAGCACCUCAACCUGAUGGCAUUUGAGUGGCUACACCCCAACACGACAAACGACGUGAGGUGCUACAUAAGCUUUGUGGACAACAUCAUUGAGUCGGAAAGAGACGUGGCACUUCUGAGAUCCCAAGGGCUCAUUGAGAACGGGAUGUGCAGCGACAAGAAGGUGGUGGAGUUGUUCAACAUUACCACAAAGUUAGGAGAGGCGAACAUAUGCAACAGGCUGGGCCACGUGCAGUGGAAGAUGAACGCCCACUGCAAGAAGCGCCGGAACAAGUGGCGCGCCAUGUUCAUGAACAACUACCUGAGCAACCCCUGGGUGUUCAUCUCCCUGGUUGCCGCCUUCAUCUUGCUCAUCGCCACCAUCAUGCAGACCAUCUACACCGUCGUGCCAUUCUACACCAACAAGGGCUAGCAUGAAUUAUUAUUGUGUAGAAUAAUGUGACUUUCUAUGGUAGUUGUAUGUGCCUUUCUAUACAUGGGUAUACGUGUGUACGAUUAUUAUUUCUCUCCAUUAGUUGUACCAUUUAUUUGGAGAGAGAUUGUAUGUUACUGUGAGUUUUGGCUCUACAUCUGUGCUUCGAAUUCUCUCUGUGCAUUUCUGAGAGAUUACACUAUGUUUUAAUUUGACUGAGGGAAGAACAUUAUAUUCA